UCAGAGUGGAGCACAAGGAGAUCGCUCAGGUGAAAAGAGGCUGAGGUGGAAAAUACGAGAUGCUCGGGAGGAAGAGUCCGAGGAUUCCGUAAUUUCAUCAUUUCGGUUUGUCAUCAGAUUAAAACGUAGAGAAAAUGAUAGAAGAUUAAUCUCGCAGCCACUGAUUACGACACACCGUGAUCGGCAUCCUUCGACAAAAACGACUGCGAAUAUGAUGCACUCGCUGUUAUCCAGCCAUCUCUCCCUCUCGAGCUGGCGAUGCUUUUGUCACACAGGCUGAGGGGAAAUCAAGCGCAUCCUUGAUCCUUGGCCGGAUUAGUUCACAAAAGAAUCGCUGCUGGCGUUAGGUGAUGUGAUAACCUCAAAGACACCGAAAGGAAAGGACGCAUCGUUUUUUGCGGGAUGCUCUUGUGUAGUGAACGUCGCCACCAUAGAAACCUGGUGGCUCUCACCGCUGAUGGGGUGAAAUAGGUUACGAAGAGGUCCUGACGGUGGACCGCAGUGCUAUUUUUCAUCCUGGAGGGUGUAUGCCGUGAUAAUACAUGUUAGUGAAAAAUGCAAGGGGUGACGGUGACGGGAGAAGCGCCCACAUUGAACGGGGGCGGAAGGGAGGAGCAGCGUCCUCUCAAGCAGUCCCUGAGUGGUUCACUGUGCAGAGAGUCCCACUGGAAGUGCCUGCUGCUCACCUUGCUCAUGUACGGCUGCUUUGGCACGCUAGGCUGGUGCUCCCUAUACCGCAUCACCGUAAUUACUUUUGAUGACCAAGCCUACUUCUACAAGGGUAAUGCCCGACUAUACCAUGACAGCCCAUGUUCCAACGGCUAUGUCUAUAUACCUGUAGCCUUCCUGGCCAUGCUGUACAUCGUCUACUUGGUGGAGUGCUGGCACUGCUACUCUAAAACAGCUAACCUUGCUCAGGUGGAAAUCAGUGCGGUGUAUGACAGGAUUCAGAGGUUGCAACAAGCCACACCCUGCAUCUGGUGGAAGGCCAUCAGCUACCAUUACGUACGCCGUACCAGACAGGUGACACGGUACCGAAAUGGAGACGCCUAUACGACUACACAGGUUUACCAUGAACGGGUCAACACGCACGCAGCAAGCUCCGAGUUUGAUUACUCACGUCUCGGUGUCAAAGACGUUUCAAAAGAGCUGCAGGGCCUGUUGGAACAUCCUGUCACUCGCUUGCGCUUCACCAAGUGCUUUAGCUUCGCCAGCGCCCGCGCGGAGACCGGCUACCUCACGCAGCGAGCACGCUUCUUCGGGGACAAUGAGGGUCUGGAUGAUUACAUGGAAGCACGGGAGGGCAUGCACCUUAAAAACGUCGACUUUCGGGAACACAUGCUGGCGUUCCCAGACCCUUCGCGACCUCCCUGGUACACCAGACGCUGGGUCUACUGGCUGGCCUCAGCUUUCCUGCUAUCAUGGCCUCUUCGUGUGAUUGCCGAGUACCGUACUGCAUACGUCCACUACCAUGUCGAGAAACUGUUCGGCGAGAACGAGGACGCAAAUGAUAAUGAUAAUACGGAGACAGGGAAUUACUGUACAGGUUUGGAGCAUGGCACUGGGGGUCCCACUCUGCGGAUCAACACAGUGGAUAUGACUGAACUGGAAUGGCACAUUUGUUGUAACCAGCAGAUGGUACCUAGCUACUCUGAGGCCUUGCUUAUGGAUUUGGAUAUGAAUACAAACACACCCUUGUCGGUUGCAAUGGCUGCACGCAUGCGACGCAAUUCUAGCUACUUCCUUCAGAGCUGCCCCAGGUGCCGGCGCUCAACAAGCAGCUCUUCGCUCCCUUCCUGGUUUAGAGGGAACAUGGCUGCAGGGACAAACUCAUUUCCCAUUAGACCCGGCGGUAGGCUUUCCCUUAGUCGCAGUGGUUUCUCUCUCGGCCGGUUGCAUACUGCAAGAAGCCGCCAUCCCUGCCUGUUUCACUCGAGAAGCAUCGGAGGUGGGAUGGGCGGCCGUGUGGAGGACGGUGGUGGGGGUUUCCUUGGUCUUGGGUUUAGAGUGCCAGAUGAGGAGGAGGGUGUGUUAGAGAGUGAGGGGCUAGAAGAUGACGACGUCGAGGAGACAGGCCAGGAACAAGUGGAAGAGAGAGAGAACGGAGAGGCCAGGGAGGAUGGGAGAGACAGGCCACCCACUUACCAAGAUGCUCUGUACUUUCCUGUGUUAAUCAUUCACGGGGAAGAGAGCUGUCAUGGGGGGCAUGGCAUUGACACAGGUUAAAAGAACCAAUAUGAUGUAAAGAAUGAUUGAAGUGGCUUAUGAAAAGUAGAGGCAGAAUGCUAUCUGGGUGCAAACAGGAGACAAGGAGACUGAGAAGUCGAGGAAGAGAGGGGAGCUUCACCAGAACCAGGAUAGAAAAGUUGAAGAGACUGAAUUUGUGUCUCUGUGUAACACUGAAAGACAACUCUGAAUUUGUUCAUGAAUGUGUUGAAUGUUGUAGGGAUUGAAAUGAAAAAAUGGUCACGUCAUAUCCAUGUCGACUGACAGACUGACCCUAAAUAUAUAUAUGUAGUACAUACCUAGUAGAAAAUACUGAUAGGCAUGGAACAUCAGUGUCCUAUAUCGAUCUUAAUGUCCUAUUAUUGAAAUCUCUGGCAUAUCAUGUCCAUAACAAACUAAACGAUCAGCGUGUCCUCCUUUUGACCAUGGGAGUAAUGUACUUUACAUGAAAAACUUGGUGUCUGCAACCUGCUUUUAACAUUGCAAAGCAGUUUUUGCAACUCCACAUUAAUGUGAAAAAGCCCAUGCUGGUGUAGUUUCGUAAGUCCAUGCGUCAAAAACAUAAAAGUAUCUAGUGGAAAAAGAGACUGAGAUGAGAACUGCAUUAACUGAAGUUCUAAAUAGUCUUUAUAAAGAAGCAAAAAUCACAAUUCAGAUUUAUUGCUAAGGUAGAGGUGAAGAAAACUAAAUUAAAUGGUCCUCAGGGGGUAAAGUAAAAAUAAAAAAUAAAAAAUUGAAUACUAAUAGACCUAAUUCAAAGGAAUGGUAAAAGAUCAAAGAGUGAAUGUAGGCUGGUGAAUUGUAAUCCCUCACUGUUGAAACUGUGCUUUAAUUCACUGUCCUGGCCAAUGACUUCUUUUAAUCUCUUGUUCUUUUUAAUUGCCUGUUAGAAGCACAGUGCUUAUGACUUUACUUAUCUCUGCCUUGGAGGUUUCUUAUGUCAGCCUCAUGUCUACUGCAGCCAAUUGAAAGUAUAUCUGUUCAGUAACUCAAUGUAUUCCUUUUUAUUCUCCUUCAUCUAUCAUGAUGGGGACUUUCCAUUGACUUCUAUUGUUUUUAUAUAUGUAAUUAUA